UUUAAAAACUUUACUAACCUACGAAAAUCAUCUGUUAUCCUUCAGAACGAUUCAAACCAGGCGAAUUAUCAGAAAAAAGUUUAAAUUAAAGUUACUAAUAAAUUAGAAAUAUGUUGCCAAUAAAAGUGCCUCGGUUGAUAUGUGCGCUCACCGGGAAAAAUCAGUUUUAUUGCUCCAAGCAUUUGAGCACAAGUACACAACAAUUUUCUUCAGACACUCCUAAAACACAACAUUAUGAUAUUAUUAUUGCUGGGGGCGGCAUGGUAGGAACAACACUUGCAUGCACAUUAGGUAAAAAUAAAAAGUUAGCCUGCAAAAAGAUUCUGCUCCUGGAAGGUGGCAAGAAAUCAUCUUACCAAAUAUCAGACAAGUACAGCAAUAGAGUUGUUGCACUUAAUCCACAAACAAUCAGCUUGUUUAAAAAGAUUGAUGCGUGGAAGCAUAUCGCUCGCUAUGGGACCGUCAAACAAUUACAUGUUUGGGAUGCAUUAUCAGAUGCUAUGAUAAACUUCAACCAUGACAACAUGAGGGACACUGUUGCUUACAUUAUUGAAAAUGAUUUGAUUUUAAAUUCUGUGAAUGAAGAAGUGAAUACCUUGAAAACAGUCACAGUAGAAAAUAAUGCUAAAGUGAAAGAGUGUGAAAUUGGUGAUAAUCCAAAUGUGCUUCUCCUGGAAAACGGUUCCUGCUAUAGCUGUGAUUUAUUGCUUGGUUGCGAUGGGGCCAAUUCGAAAGUAAGGGACUCGAUGAAAGCUCAAUAUGUGAAUUGGAGCUAUAAUCAACGAGGUGUUGUUGCCACGCUACAUCUUAAAGGUGCUGAAGAAAAUUGCGUUGCAUGGCAAAGAUUUCUACCAACAGGACCUAUUGCUCUACUUCCAUUGAAGGAAAAUAUGAGUUCACUUGUGUGGUCUACUACUCCUGCGCAUGCUGAUCAACUGUUGAAAAUGAGCGCGCAGGAAUUUAUAGACGCAUGUAAUGAGGCACUAUGGAAAGUGUAUAAGAUUGAUGGUUUUGUUGGGGAGGCAACAAAGUUGAUUGAUAAUUGCCUGAAAGUAUUAAAUUGUCCGCCGAAUGCUAUUCGACAGCUUCCGCCUAGUGUUUGCGGGUUUGAGGAGCAGAGCAGGGCUGCGUUUCCGUUGGGUUUUGGACACGCAACGAAAUAUGUUGGGGAUGGUGUUGCGCUUGUUGGCGAUGCAGCACACAAAAUCCACCCCCUGGCUGGCCAAGGAGUAAAUCUCGGUUUCGGAGACAUUGAAUGCUUAAACCGUAUCCUAGGCGAAGCCGUUUACAACGGAUCGACAAUAACCAAUAAGGAUUACCUGCUGCGUUACGAAACCGAACGCCAGCGUCACAAUGUGCCGACGAUGCUUGCCGUGGAUGGAAUUCACCGAAUGUAUAACACGGAAUUCACCCCUCUGGUUAUGCUUCGAAGCAUCGGGCUUCAACUCACCCAUGCGUUAACGCCAGUCAAGCGCUCCAUCAUCGGACAUGCGUCAUCAUAGAGUGAUUUCACUGGAAUUUACUAGAAUGUGAACAAAGUACGAUUUUGUUUUGUGUAAAUAAAUAACUUUUACAUUGUGCAAACGUUCGGAACACACGUAGGUGUUUAUUGUUCUUGUUUGUUCAUGUGAACGAAUUGUCUGGGUGCAUCAUAAUAACAGUAAAACGUGCCGAGUAGAAAGCACAUACGUAUGUUGAAAUUAUUAUUACCGUUAAGUCAGCGAAAUAUUUGGUGAAUGCAAUGUAGAAGGUCAAUGAAUCUAUUAUUUAUAAUUGCGUAUUAGAUUUACGAAAUUUGCGCAUCGCAAAAACAGUUUUAUCUUAGUAUUUAUACCUAUGGCAUGUGUCCUGCAAAAAUGUUCUAGACUGUUUACGGCACCCUGCUGCGUCCAUGCGUACUACAUAUUCCGUGACAACGCUGGUCUGAAAAAGUUCUUUGCCAAAUUUAAUCACAAUUCAUUAUAUUUGCUGAUUUUUACUAAUCACAUCUGAUUAAGUAUUGAAUAAAGAUUAAUUUAACAAUAAGAUUGCUUAGAAAACAAUUGUUUAUAAAUAUUUAUAUUCAAUUGUCUGGGUACUAUUUUUCGUUGGAAGGCGUAGGAAUACAAUAGCUGUCGUUGCCCUGGGUAUAAAAGCUGAAUCGAUCCCCACUCUCCGCAUUCUACCGUCGUUCGUCGAGCAGUUCGCAUCGCAGUUCAGUGCCCACAUCUAUACGGAACGUGAACGACGCAAUACCUCGACUACGGAGCUACAAGACUUCAAGAUUUUACAACACUCCAUCAACGCCUGGCCUUACUUCAAGAACGAAAGUCGCAUAUCCACCAUCGGUAUUUGUACAUAAGUCCCUCCGUGGGUAAUCCAUAGACAGAGAGGCUAUGACGAGGGGUGUGGAUCCAAAGUAUUUGGUUUGUAAAUAUGUAUCAAUUAAUUCUAUUUGAUUCUAGAUAGUUAGGUUUUUUCUUAGGGUGAAAAUUGUAAAUAAAAUAUAGUAUACAUUUUAGUUGAAACAGAAAAAAAUAAAUUUCAAGAUUAUUGAAUAUAUGCUGUGUAUGUUAUUAACGAAUUUGACUUUACAUGUGAUGCGGAAUCAACCCGACACGAGGCAAGCAACCCCCGUACACUUCUGCGGAACGUAAUGUCCAAUCAUUCAUCUGCGCGUGGACACUGCGGAACGAACCUAGGGCGUUAUCACUUAGUCGUCUCGUGCUGGUAACAUACGCAAUGCAAAUCGAAACACUUGAAUAUUCUUCAGAAACCCGAGGCGUCCACAUUGGUGCCCAUAAUCACGCGGUUUUUAUCACGAUGCGGACGGCGUGCGUAAGAGAGCGAGAGAGAGAGAGUACCUGAUCGCAAGCAGCAAACUAGGUUUGUCAAUUGUUGUACAAUGCAAAACCAAACGUUUUUCCCAGAGCUUUACGUCACGUGAAGUCUGUCGUCACCUCGAUGCAACUUGUCCGAACUUGAAAGCGGUUACCUAGAGGCGAAGGACAAGUGCGAAAUAAAAGCGGCUGUUCCGAGCUGGUUUGUACCUCAAAUAUCAUGCAAAACCACUAUGCUGUAUUCUGCAGGGCGAUCGAAAAACUCGUCCAGGCUCAAGCGGAUACGGAAUAUAGCGGCACGCCUCUUUCCUUCGUAAUUAACGAUCCAGCUGACGCGCCGACAUACAAUUAGGUUUGUCUGGUUUUGAUGUCUUGCGAAAAUGUGAAUUUGCUUCAAGGUUCCGGCUCAAGAGUUUCUCCCGCUCUAUCGACAAAUCACAAAUGCGCCACUUUAAUGAUAUACAUCGCCACUAAAGCCUAAGUUUUACAAAGACGCGACAAACAGCCUCCAAAUGAAAUCCAAACAGCAACCAACGACUGCGCUUCUAGGUUUGUUGAAUUGGGUUACAAAGCCAACUUAGUUUUCUUCAGGUCGUUACACAAGCAAUUAGACGUUCGCCUCUGUAAGGAAGUUGCACAUUAUCCCUUGAAACCAUUCGACAAUGCAUUAUAUCGAUUAUCACCUAACAAGAAAACGAUGGAAACUCGCGCCUGCGCUUAUAGGUUAGUCAUUUGUGUUACAAUGCAAAGAUUUGAUUUUCUUCAGGAUGGAAGCAUUCACGUCAUGUUCUGCUCAUGAAAUGUACCACUUCAUAUCCAGCUAAAUUGAAGUAAAAGUCGAAUGAAUGUUGAUAAGUUUUGUUGGGGACGCACACAUGCAACGUUUGCAUGUCGCGAGCAGAUGUUGCGAUGUUCAAAGGUACGUGAUUAACGUAUUCUUCAGGAUUUUGCGGCUUUUCUAUCGAAGAGAAGAGACGGGUUAUUUACAGCAUCACUUCUGGACCUAAAUAAUUAUUAGAUACCAACAUGAAGAAUAUUAGAAUUCAAACGCUGCAAUGCCGAAGACACGCAAAUAGAACAGUCAACUUUAAUGGAUGCGCCAAUUGAGCACAAAUGCGGUUAACAUUUUCGCUAAUAAAUUCAUCUUAUACGAGACAACGAAACGUGAAAUCUCGAUUUUGCAGCCAUAUCACUGGAUGUGUCGGUUGGAAUGAAAGGAGAUUAUUCUUUUAGUAUACGCACAGAAGAGAUCUUUUUAAGCAGCACGCAGAUCGCCACUUCAUGUUUAAUCAAUAUCAAAACACUCAUCCGCAUAUUUUACGUUCCUGUGAAAGAGGCAAGUGGUUUCUUUGCAUGUGGGCUAUUCGUGCCCAAGUAGUUUGCGGCGAUAACUAUAUUUUCAGAAAUUGGCGCUGCUUGCUUAUAAAUUAUUGCGGAUCAUUCAAAGCCUAGACUGAGCACAUGCUAAAUCUGCGCCAAUCGUACUAAAACUGAAAACAAUCUACAAGAAUGAAGUCAUCUUAAAAAAACGCAGUACGGAAUAGUUGCCUGCCAUCCUUGAAAUAUCCCAGCGGAAACCAACCCCUUUACACUUACAGAGCUGGAUUUACAGUAACAAAUAAAUGGUCACAUGUCGAAUAUUGACAAAACAAACAAGGUAAGGGAACAACAUGUGUACUACAGAAUUUCGCUUUGAAGGAUACAACUCUACUAUAUUAACAUUGAUGAUCGCCGAGGACAUGAAUGCAAGAAUUCUAGAUUUUUUUUAAAUAACUACAAGAUGCGUCAAUCAAAUGGAAUGCACAGGGUUUAUCUUACAGGAAAGGUACUAAUUGGAAAAUAACUUAAACAUCUUCUGAAGAAGAAUUCUUUGUAGGGUAGUAGUUUAGCUUUCGUUAUGAACAAUUACACAGAUUGCUUCAUUGUAAAUGAAUGUAUUAAGUUAAAUGGAAUCAAAGUAUCAUGUGAAAUUGUAGAGGCGCGGUUAUUGUUGGAAUCAGAAUGAAUAUAUUUUCACUGCAUGUUUGUCAUCGAGAAUGAGGCAAUGGAUUAACAGUCACCGGUGGAGCAUCUCAGAUUUUGUUAUGGAAAAUUACGAAUUGCCAGUGAAGUAGACAUCGUGGUAUUCGUGUUCACGAAGAUCGUCCGCUCGCGUUGAUGUUGGGAGACAUGUGUACAGAGUACAAUAGUACUCGUUAGGAUAGUUGUUAAGAUUUACACUAUCGAAAAUCCUCUGAUGAAUAUCUUUUAAUAUGCGAUGAAUAUACUAAUGCGGCUAGAUAAGAAGAAUACUGUAGAAUCGGAGUGAUGAAACAUGAAAUGCGUCCCAAGGAAAGAUGAUUAUAUGCAGACAGAUUUAUAGGAAUAAGCCUUUGAGAUAGACAUUGCACAGCACCUCAUGCUGAUCAACGUUUAAAUAUAAGUGUGGUGAGAUUAACUCGGGGUCGGUAUUACCAAAAUUUAAUGAGGAGUGCUCGAAUCUUAAUUCUUGCAUGCGCUGACAUACAUGCAAUCAACAAAUAUAUUUGAAAAAAUGCAGUAACUUGCUGGAAAAACAAUACACCACAUAGGGCGAAAGGCAUUGAAAAACAAAUUAAUUUGCUUCUUCAAGCGCGCGUGAAUUACACAUUUUCGACUAUCUAGCAGCAUACGAAAGCUCCAAUUUUGCCGCAUGAGGUUUGUUCCCGACGGGGAGGAUAAUGCUACUUUUUUCACCGUGCACUACACGCGCAAUAUAAAAGAAGGUAAGAAGUUAAUACAUUGCCAACGUAAUAACGUAAUAGUCUUGUACAAAAGCUGUAGAGAAGAAGAAAAAUGAGAGAGGAAAAUGAAAAUCGCCUAAGAACAAUUUCAUCAGCUGUUGGUUUAAUGAAGACCAGGUACUGCCAACAAUUAUUAAUAUGGCGAAUUCAAACGGGUUUGAAAGUAAUCAUUGCAGAACAACCGAGUCAACCAGUUUAUUGAAAGAUUCGAAAUUUAUCGAUGAGGAUGAGAGUUUGAACCGAAUCUCCUCACUUCCGACGAAAAAUUGUCACACUUCGCCGGAGAUGAAGAUUACUAAUUUUCGAACAUUCAUGCUGCUGCAUCGUGGGCUACAUCCUAGCAGACGUAGAUGGAAUGACAACGUAGAAGGAGCUUGGAGGAUCGGUAAAGCUGGAUUGAGGAUCAACCUGGAGAAGAUCGAAUUACUGCAUCAUCUGUGGACGAAUGGGAAGAUGGAACAUCGCUGAAGAUGCGAAAUAGAACUUGAAAUCAGAUGCGUCGAACGGAGGACAGCGGGGAGGAAUUUGUCAGCAUUUCUUUUUUCUCAUAGGGACAUCGGAACUCAACGCAGAAUCAGCCAAGAAGAGGAUGUCAACAGAAGAGGACAUCAGUUUAUUUAAUGCAUGCAUAUUUGAACACACUUAGAUUUUGAGGCUGUCGUCGCGGCAAAAGGACUACUCAGGACUUCUCUAAAUUAUCGAUAUGGAUGUAGCAUGCUGUACAGAAAGUAAGCAUUAUUUAAUUUUUAACAAGUCAUGUAAUUACAAAUUUUAUAUCAACACGUGUGAAAAUGAAGAAGAGAAACUGGCUUAUCGUUUGCUCUUGGGGCUGCGAAGGCAUCAGCGAAGAAGAGGAUUAGGUCCACAGCAAAUAAGAGUAAUGGUUUAUUACUUGUUCUUUUGGUGAUGAAGAGGCACAUUUCAAACGGGAAGAAGAGUAAUGGUUUAUUGACGGGUCAACUGACGAAGAAGGGAAACGCUGCAACAACGAGGAAGAGGAAUGAAUUAUCAACGGUUCAACUGGUGAUGAAGAGGAACGCUUCAACAACGGAGAAGAGGAUGGAUUACCAACGCUUCAACUGGCAUGAAGAGGCAAUCAUCAACAGCGGAGAAGAGGAAAGGAUCAUCCAAGGUUCAACUACCAAAGAAGAGUAAUGGAUCAUCCCUGAUCAACUACCGAAGAAGAGGAGUGGAUCAUCAACGGUGCAUCGGUGAAGAAGGGGAAUGGGUCAUCGACGGUACUUCGGCGAAGAAGAGGAAAGCAUCAACAGCGCAGAAGAGGAAUGACUAUUCCUAGUCCAACUACCGAAGAAGAGGAAUGGAUCAUCCCUGGUUCAACUACCGAAGAAGAGGAAUGGAUCAACCCUGGUUCAACUACCGAAGAAGAGGAAUGGAUCAUCCCUGGUCAACUACCGAAGAAGUGGAAUGGAUCAUCCUUGGUCAACUACCGAAGAAGAGGAAUGGAUCAACCCUGGUUCAACUACCGAAGAAGAGGAAUGGAUCAUCCCUGGUCAACUACCGAAGAAGUGGAAUGGAUCAUCCUUGGUCAACUACCGAAGAAGAGGAAUGGAUCAUCCCUGGUCAACUACCGAAGAAGAGGAAUGGAUCAUCCCUGGUCAACUAUCGAAGAAAAGGAACGGAUCAUCAGCCGUGCAACCGGCGAAGAAGAAUGGAUCAUCAACGAUGCAACUGGCGAGGAAGAAUGGAUCAUCAACGAUGCAAUUCGCCAGGAAGAGGAACAGUUCAACUGACGAAAAAGUAGAAUAGAUCAACGGUUUAACUGGCGAAAAAGAAGAAUAGAUCAUAUACUGUUCAACUGACUAAAAUGAGGAACAGAUCAUGAACGGUUCUACUGACGAUGAAGAGGAUUGGAUCAUCCGUGGUUUAACUGGCGAAGAAGAGGAAUGCAUUUUCCCGGGGUCAAUUGCCGAAGAAGAGUAAAGGACCAUCAACAGUUCAACUAGAAAAGGAGGAGAUUGUUUACAGGUUCUACUGUUGAAAUGUGGGAAUACACAUACAAGAAGAAGAAUGAAUCUUGAACAGUUCACCAAUUGGUGAAGACCAACGCAUCAACAACAAAGGGAAAUGAAUUCUAACUGGUUCCACCAACGAAGAAGAGGACUGGAUUCUCAUCUAAGAAGAGGAGAGUAAUGAAUCAUGAGAAACAGAAAAGCUGAUAUAUCUGUCAUCUAAAAGCACGGUGGACCUGCGCGACACUUGGAAGGCAAAUAGUAGCCUAGCUGACGAGGAGGCGGUUUCAACAUUACUCAAUUCUACUAUAAACAAUGAAGAAAAUGAAGCUUGGAGAAACCCUAUGAUCAGCGCAGACAUGUUAUUAGCGACAAAUUCCAAUAAUUUUUUCCAGCAAUAUAGGUGUGAAGUUCAAACUACACCCUACACUUUCGGCAUCUGAGAACGGUUUAUCAAUGGGAGGAAUAAUGUCGUAAUUGGCGCUUUUAAAAUUGACUAGUGCUAUUGUUAUCCCAAUUAUUAACUUAUUAAUCAUUCUUAUGAGAUAUUUAAUAGAAAAUAACAACACUGGAAAUCUGUAUGUGGAUGCAAACCCGAACUUCACCUUUAAUAGCAUCUCUGGAUGAACGUCAUUAUUUGAAUGAAAUGAUAUUAUUUUCACACACGCAAACCCAUACAAAUGACACAAUACAACAAAUGAUAUACAUAUUUGAAUUUAGCAUGACAUCAAGUGUAUGUAAUAAUUGGCCUGCACCGACUCAGAAUUUAACCAGAAUAUAUUUAUAAGCUGUAAAUAUGACUGCAAAUCAUAUGGACUAACGAUAACAUAAUCUUACAAAGAAAAUAAAGUAGGAAACGAAUAGCGAGGAAUAAAAUAGGGACUUCGCACCGACGUCAUCAUUGCCAACAAAUAAUGGCGAAGAAUCGAAACGAAAUGAGUAUCAGACUGAGAAAAUCACAUACAUUUCGAAUUUGAUAUUAAGCAAGAUGCGGUUUGGACGAGCGCCAUUUCUAUUACACCACAUUUCUAUCCUAUCCACUCGAUUGAACAAAUUAUAGUUUAUAAUAAUGCUUUAAAUGAGAUUAUGAUAAUGCCUGUAAUUAAAGAUACACAACGCUUAUUAUAAAAUGAGUAAAUUAAAAUAA